GCGUUAUCUUAUCUCGACCAAAUCGCAGAAAUGAUGUUCACACCGGUACGACCAUGGAUAUCACAAGUCUUACCCGCCGGCAGAGCGGAAUAUAAAGGCCUUCCGUCUUCACCUUGUCUUUUGUUCCACAAUGUCGUUCCCUGUAAAAAUUGACUGGUCCAAGGUCGCGAAACCCUCCACUGUACUGGCUCGCUUUCCCAGUCGCCGUUCCGUCGUAUACGGUACGAAAGGUAUUGUAUCUUCCUCGCAACCUUUAGCUACUGAGGCUGGGCUGGAGAUUCUGAGGAAAGGCGGAAAUGCUGCGGACGCGGCCGUCGCUACCUCAGCUGCCUUGAAUGUAACUGAACCCAGCUGCUGUGGAAUCGGAGGAGAUGCGUUCUGCUUGUUUUACGAUGCGAAAACCAAGCAAGUCAAGGCCUUGAACGGAUCGGGCCGGUCUCCUCAGAAACUCACACUGGAAUAUGUACAACAGCGAGGGCUGACUGGGCGUAUACCCGCCUCCGAUAUCAACUCUGUAACCGUUCCCGGUGCUGCCGCCGCAUGGGUUGAUACUGUAGAGACCCUUGGGAGCGGAAAGCUUACCUUAGCGGACGUCCUAGAACCUGCCAUUAGACUCGCAGAGGAAGGGGUCCCUGUUUCCGAGAUCCACAGCCACGGCUGGCAGAGAUCUGAGAACCUCAUCAAGAACGCGUCUCCAAAUGGUGAUGAGAUGCUUUUGAACGGGAAAGCACCACUUCCAGGUCAAGUUGUCACUCUCCCUAAUCUCGCCAAAACAUUUCGCGAAGUUGCCACCCAUGGAAAAGAUGGCUUUUACAAAGGGAGAGUUGCUUCGGCCAUUGUAGAAUUGAUCCAAAGUCAAGGAGGGCUAAUGAAACUUGAUGAUCUUGCCAAACACGAGACUUCGUUUGUUGAACCAUUGAAAUACACCUACGCCAAUGAAGUUUCGGUCUACGAGUGCCCACCCAACGGGCAAGGAUUAACGGCUCUAAUUGCUCUUGGUGUCUUGGAAAGCUUACAAGAGCAAGGCGUUGUCAAGCCUUUGUCAGAGAUGGAACAUGAUUCUCCUGAGUACUUGCACGUACUCGUCGAAGCUUUGCGACUCGCUUUUGCAGACAGUCAGUGGUAUGUGACUGAUCCAGAUACACGACACAUCCCUACGACAGAAUUAUUGAGCAAAGAUUAUCUUGCGUCAAGAGCUAAGCUUAUUGAUCCCAAGAAGACUAAUCCGAAAGUUGUGCACGGGGACCCAUUUAUAUCUUCGGAUACGGUUUACUUCUCUGUUACCGAUCAAUGGGGAAACGCGUGCAGCUUUAUUCAAAGCAAUUACGCUGGAUUCGGGACAGGAGCUGUUCCCAAAGGCUGUGGUUUCACGCUACAGAAUAGAGGCAGUGGUUUCGUGUUGCAGAAGGACCACCCCAAUGCCUUACAGGGCGGGAAACGACCAUACCAUACCAUCAUACCAUGCAUGGUCACCAAGGGCGACGAACUAUUCCUGAGCUUUGGUGUCAUGGGCGGUUUCAUGCAGCCCCAAGGCCAUGUCCAGGUACUCUUGAACAUAUUGCGUGGGUAUACCCCUCAAGAAGCACUGGACGCUCCACGAUUCUGUAUAUCAGCUGGCAGUCCAGACACACAGACUCAAGAAACAGGAAAUGCGGGAGACAUCAAUAGCGAGGUUUAUUUCGAGGAAGGUAUCCCACUCGAGACUAUCGCGGCUUUAAGAGAAAUGGGACAUGACGCGCGACAAGUUACUGGAUUCGGAAGAGCGAUGCUAGGUCGAGGUCAGGUCAUACAGAAGCUCGAGGAUCCAUCUGGCAGGUUAGUAUGGGCGGCCGGUUCUGAUCCUCGAGCCGAUGGUCAUGCUGGAGCACAGAUAUGAGAUGUAAAUAUGUAUAUAAACUGUAAACUCUUUUCCUGAACCAUGUAUAGUGGCGUAGUUACGGAGUUACUGGCAUCUGAUAUCAGACAUCAUUUGUUGGUCAAACUAAGAGUUGGAAGUUUACAAUUGCUGAGAGAUA